GACAAGUGUUAGUAGAGGUCAUUGUCCUCACAAUUCAAUGCAAUACACAUUGUGUUAUACAAUACAUCAAUACAUUGUAUGCAUUACUACAGUAUAUGUGUUAUAUAAUAGUAUUGCAGAUUCACUAUUAAUACCCCUUCACUGAAAUACACGUUUAAAUUACACUUAAUUGUUGCCAUUAAUAGUGGACACCAUUUGGCCACCAAUUGAUCCAAUCUAUGAUUGAAUGAACAAAACAUUUCUAAUAUAAGUUGAAUACAAAUCAUAAGACAUAUUGUCAUUCAAAGCCAGAACUGAUCGCAAGAAUCCAUAAUUUCCGGUAUAUAUUUGAUGGACAUAUGGUUUGAAUAGACCUGUGAUUCACAUAUUAAGACACACUGUAUAUGAGUCGAUGAAAUAUAGUCAGCUAUCCAUACCAUUCAAACUCCAAUUCUGUCCCAUUUCUCUACAUCUGUGUGUUUUCCUGUUUUCAUACAAUGAUUGGCUUCCAGUGUUCAGCGACUAUAAGCCAGCCCUGUAUCGGCCGAACAUUGUUCCCGUCGGCGCCGACACACCAGCCCUCCAAUGGCUUUCACACCCGACCCGCCAUUCCGUCGUCCAAUUUAGUCGAGUACUUCCCCGUCAACGGAGAUGGACUGCGGCUGAGUUGGGCCCACGCGGCCAACACCAGAUCCAAACUCACACAAGCUCUCAGAGGCGAUGAACUCAUGAUUGAAGCCGAUGUGAGUCUGGCCGAGACGACCCGUUAUCCGGUGCCGAUUAUGGCUCACCCGCCUCUCAACAUGAGUGACAUGACUUUGGAGGACUGGUUGGUAGAAGUGGUUCGAUCUAAUUCUGGCAAAGGAAUCAAAUUGGACUUUAAGACCACCCGAGUUGUGGAGCCGGCCUUUCGAGUGCUCGCCCGACACGUCGACUAUAUUAAAGGGCCCAUCAUUUUGAACGCCGAUAUAUUGCCAGGUCCCAAUAAGCCGACCACCAGUCCAGUCGAUAUCUGGACUUUUCUGAUUUUGUGCAAAACUCGAUUCCCGAAAGCAAUCAUUUCGAUCGGUUGGACAACACUUGUGGACGAGAUGUCCGUAAAGACCGGUUACACUCGAGAUAUGGUGGACCACAUGGCCUCUCUCGUCAAGGAAUACAAUUUAUCCCAACCGUUGACUUUCGCUGUGAACGCAUCGCUUCUGAAAUAUUCAAUUUGCGAACUCCAAAGACUGCUCUUUCAGGUGCCGAAUAGCACAUUGACUGUGUGGGCACAUCCGCACGAGUUUGAGUCUAACCUGACUUUACACGACUUGAUGCUAAUUCGCAAAUCAUUUUCUAUGAGUUCCGUCUUUUACGACAUGCCAUCAGAUAUAUUGAAUCAGUUGAGAGUCGAGAUCUACAACAACUGAAUGUUCACCACUGAAGCCAUCAUUUAAUGCGAAAUCGAUGUGCGUUUCUCUCACUUGGCUUUCGACUCAUUCAUAAAUAAAUAGAGUUUAAUAUUAAUUAUAUUAUAUAUUAUGUGCGAAAUAAUGCAUUAUUUUAAUUGCAUUUAAUAUUAUUUUGAUGGUUGUGUUCAAUAGGAAUACUAUAGACCAGAAUAUAUAUAUAAGAAUGAGAGUGUAUGAGGGAGAGAGAGAGAGAGAGAGAGGGGGGAGAGUAGCGAAUUCCGCAUAACAGUGAGAUAUGGCUGUAAUAAGUUUCCAAUUGUGAUAUAAAAGAGUUAUAACGGUAUUCGCUAUUUGUGUGAAUGAAUGUAUGUUUUAGUUAUAUAUUCGCUUAAAUCGAGGCUAAAGAAAAUGCAAAUAUAUUUUGUUGAACACGUAUUGACCAUAAGAAAUGAUACAAUAAUUACUAGUCGUAUAAUUAUUAAUAUAUAAUUUUGCACCAAUUUUUUUUAGUCAUUAGUGAUUUAUUAUUUGUUAGAUAUUACCCCACAAAUAGCGCAACAAUUUGUCUAUUAAUAUUUUACAGUGUU